GAGGUCGGCUGUAAUGCCAACUGGCAGCGCGUGCGGCCUUCAUCGGUAUCGCGCCGGCGACGAUCGCGACUCGACGACGUUCCUCGAGAUCGUCCGGAAGAGCGGCGGGCGGUAGGAGCCGGAGUCGCGAGGAGGAAGCGAGCGAGUGCACGGCGAUUUAAACCAAAGCGACGGGAAACGGCUGGACCAACGCGGACAGGGGGGCGGAGGGCAAAGGGAGAAACGCCGGAUGAGAGCGUCAUGCCCGCUGAGAUCGACACGGGCGGGCAUAGGGUGCUGCACUGUGAUUCCCGUGCCGAUUGCCCGACUGCGACAUCGAUUCGCGCGUCAACUUCCGCGAGCGACGCACGCCAAGGCGAUCGCGCGUAUUUGUCCGUGAGAAUCGACGACGGCGGACCGAGCGGGUCGCAGAGACGGGUCCCGAAGGACCGGCGACGGAGGGCUGGGAAUUGCGUGAGAAAGGCGGAGGAGCCGUUGGCUCGCGGCCGCGGAAACUCGUCAUCUAAUCACGGUGAAAGUUCACCCACGAGGGUUCCGAGAAUCGGCGACAAAGAGGAGAGGAUCCUAGGCGGACGUGACUUCCAGGCAGGGAGUCGCGUGCUAACGUCACGUCGGCGAGGAGGAGGAAGCGGGGGAGGAGCGGGAGGUGGAGGAGGAGACGGUGCCGGACUCCUCGGAGCAUGUCGCGCGCCGAGGGAAUCUCCGCGCGCGAUCGAGGAUGUCACCAAGGACGAGCGUUUCUCGGUCACGUGGCACCUGCGAGAGAACGCGGGCGACGAGCGAGCGGAGUCGCGGCUACGCGACGAGACGGGACGAUAUCGGCGCGCGAUAGCGGACGCGAACGGCGGUCCGAUCGCGAGGCGUCGAAGUCUCCGGGAUCGAUCCUGGACGAGACCGCGGCCGCCGUCCCGCGAGAGCGAGACUCCCGACGCGGGUCCGAUCGAUCGUCCGGGAGGGACGCCAGCUGCAAGAGGACACUCUCUUCUCUCUAGUCACCGCUCGCGUACUCGCGCGAACCAAGAAACCCACGGGGACGGACUCGUGGACGUCGACGAGGGCUUUUUCAGCGAGGGAUUCGACGACGCGCGGACGGGCGAAAGCGGGCGAGCGGACUCUUCGGGGCGACGCGAUGCACGUCCGCGGGACGAGUGGCGCAAGAUCGGUCGGGAUUCCGCGAACAGGCAGCGGAUCGGACGCGCGUGUCGCGUCUACCCUUUCCUGCGGCUGGUCGUCCUCCUCUUCUUCAUCGCGUUCGGACGAUACGGGCUGCUCGGUUCGUCCAGUGUGCUUAGAGUCAACGCGAGACCGAUCGCGAACGGCUUGAGUGUUUUGGGGAUCGGGAUUAUCGGUGCAGUGAACGCGAGGGCGAUCGAUCCGGUCGGUGACGCGGGCAUUCGGGCUGAGAGAUCGGCCAAUCUCUCCUACAUGACCGGGCCGUACAGAGGGAAGAUACAAAUGUAUAUCAAGAAUCGGCAUCUGCAGAUCCUGCCGGACGGUACGGUCAACGGCUCCAACGACCACACUUCGGACUACACCAUCUUUCAAAGGAAAUCGGUGGGGAAGGACGGACAAUUAACAAUCCAAGGCAUCGCGACCUGCCUUUAUCUCUGCAUGGAUCCUUGCGGCGGACUUUACGGAUCGCCCAAUUGUACAGCGGAGUGCGUCUUCAACGAGACUCUGGAGCAACACAAUUACAAUACGUACAGUUCGGUAUGCUGGUCAACGGCGAACAGAACGCUGUACCUCGGCCUGGACCGGUACGGCCACCCGAAGAAAGUACAAACCAAACGCCACAACCUGGGCAGGCUGUCAGCCAACGCUCGGGUGCUGACGCAGGUCGCCCCGCCUGAUCGCGUGGAGAUCCUGCAGAGGCGGAUACUGGGCGCCCAGCACAAAGUGCGUCACUGGUAUCAUCACCGCAUUAGCGAUGACGCGCCACCCUUAAACUGUCUGCCGCCAUUGAACUGUCCCAAAGUGUCGACCCAGGAGAAAGAUGGCAGAGACAGGUUCCGAUGCCGCAAGCGAAAGAAGAGGAAGAAGCGGAAGCGACGAUGCAGACCGGGCGAGCAGCCUGGCCCCCAGUGCCAGGCCGCUGAGGAGUCGGUCGCGGAGUCGUUGGCGGACGUCGCUGAGGCGUCGUCGGAGAUGAUAAGCGCGAGCAACACCACGCCGGAAUCCAAGCGAUCCUGCGAGGGGGCGGCGAGCGAGGAGGCCUGCAGGCGGCAGGCCCUCUCGGUGCCGGCGAAGAAGCGGAAGUCGCGGAUAGACGGCGGCGGCAGGAACCUCACGCUCGGUAAGAACAAAGCACCAACGUCAAACGCGAAAAAGCCAAACGUCAGCGUCGCCGAUAAUCAAAGUAAAAAGCCUGAUUUGACGGACGGGAAGAAGAAGAGGAAGAGGACGACAUUGCAGCAGACGAGCCGGGGGAUCACGGUGGCGUCGCCUUCCCGGAAGCAGUACGGGCCUGGCACGACGUCCUCGUCCCAGGCCUCUUCGUCGCUAACAGCGCCCGCCAGCGAGGAGCAGCGGGCCUCGACAGCCACGUUGUCCUCUUCGCCGUCUCCUCCUGGUGCGUCAACCGCUCUCUCCUCUAUCAGAAGGCCGAGCUCGCCGCAGUCUGAUCAUAAAAAGCCACCGUCCUCAAGGAACCAUAUCACAAGACCGAUAGGCUCGCGUAGGGUAGGGAAGUCUUCCCGGGAUAACGCGGGCUCGCCGGGUCGAUCGAGGUCGAUGCCAGCGACUUCGACAACGUCGAGGAGCGAAGUAGCGUUUCUACCGUCAACCACCAAAGUUCCUGAAGAUACUUGCGCCUAUACCACAACCCCUCUGCCUCUAUUCUCGCCAGUUCCCCCUUCCACGACCUUAUCCUGGCAAGAGUCCGACGAGGACUCCUCGCUCGUCGACGAGGAGUCGUCCUCGACCGUCACGAGCGAGCUCGCGACCGUCACGGUAGAGUCCAGCACGUUGGCAGCCUCCGAUGAAGUUAGCGCGGAAGUUACAACGUUUAGGCUAGACGAAAAGAACUGUGAGGACAGCGACGAUACGAUCCCGCGGACUACAACGAGAUUUCCGCUGGAGAGACUGGCGAUGUGACGGAGGCUGAUCUGUGCGCGAACGUCAUUGUAAACUUACGUGUACAUAGCAAUCACUCUACGUUACAACUCACUCCACGUUCAUGCGACGUGUGUCGUGCCGAAAUUUUGAUAUCCGCGGUAUUGAGGAACCGAUACGGUUGCAAUUUCGGUGAAAUCGACUACGUGAACUUUGAAGAAACGAGAAAUUAAAUCGGAAUACGAGUUGCAAAUGCAUAAAACCUUUCCUCGACGUGUUAAACUUCACAUUUUAAUCGGGCAGAUUUAAAUACCGAUAACAAAACGUGUAAAAGAAAAUUAAUAUUUAAUUAAACGUCACAGGCAUUCUUUUUGUUGACAUAAUUUUCUGUGAUUGAUCUAAUUAUUAUCGAAAUUAUUUUUAGUAGCUUUUUUUAACCGAAUACUUCUAUCUUAUCAAGCAAUAUGAUUAGAAUAUGACAAAAGCUGCAUACAGAAAAAGACGAACCCUUAUGUAGAAUUUUAUUGAAUUUCUUAUAACUUAAUAUUUUAU